AUGUCUCAUCGCAAAUUCGAAGCCCCACGUCACGGUUCUUUGGCAUUUCUGCCUCGGAAGCGAGCUGCUCGUCACAGAGGAAAGGUCAAGUCUUUUCCAAAAGAUGAUCCUAAGAAGCCCGUGCAUUUAACUGCUACUCUUGGUUAUAAGGCUGGCAUGACAACAAUUGUCAGAGACUUAGAUCGACCAGGAGCAAAAACCCACAAAAAGGAAGUUGUCGAGGCUGUGACUGUUAUUGAGACACCACCAGUGAUCGUUGUUGGUAUCGUUGGGUAUAUUGAGACUCCUAGAGGACUCAGAUCCCUCACAACCGUUUGGGCUGAACAUCUGAGCGACGAGGUGAAGCGCCGAUUCUACAAAAAUUGGUACAGAAGCAAAAAGAAGGCAUUCACCAAAUACGCUAAGAAACACUCGGAAAACUCCGGAAGCUCAAUCAACCGUGAAUUGGAGCGGAUCUCAAAAUAUUGUACUGUCGUACGUGUUUUGGCACACUCGCAGAUCAGCAAAACUCCACUCAAACAAAAGAAAGCCCACUUAAUGGAAAUCCAAGUGAACGGUGGCUCAGUUCCUGAUAAGGUUACAUUUGCGAGGAACUUAUUCGAGAAACCAGUCGAGAUUGGUUCAAUAUUUGAGCAGGACGAGUUAAUAGACGUCAUAGCAGUUACCAAAGGUCACGGUUUCUCCGGAGUUACUAGCAGAUGGGGGACAAAGAAACUCCCGAGGAAAACCCACAAAGGUCUUAGAAAGGUCGCGUGUAUCGGUGCGUGGCAUCCUUCUCACGUACAAUGGACUGUUGCCCGCGCUGGUCAAGACGGAUACCAUCACAGAACCUCUGUAAACCACAAGGUUUAUCGGAUAGGUAAGGGUGAAGACGAAGCUAACGCAUCGACUGAGUUUGAUGUUUCUAAAAAGCAAAUCACACCUAUGGGAGGAUUUGUCAGGUAUGGCGAGGUGAAGAAUGAUUUCCUAAUCCUAAAAGGUUCAACUCCAGGUGUCAAGAAGCGAGUUAUGACACUACGAAAGUCCAUGUUUGUCCACACAUCGAGAAAGGCUCUUGAAAAAGUUGAGCUCAAAUGGAUCGACACCUCGUCUAAAUUUGGUCAUGGAGCCUACCAGACUCCACAGGAGAAACACCAGUUCUUGGGAACUCUAAAGAAAGAUAUACAAUCUGCUGCAUAA